AUUCCUCUUUUCUUAAACACUAAGGCAUUGUCCGCAUAAAUUAGAAGCCAACAGUAUUAAAAAAGAUCAAUUAUGCACUACUACAAGUUACUUGGACGGAGCAAAGCUCAAGAUUCAAACCCCAUAUCGGAAAACAAUCUGUCAAAUGAUAAUAAUAUUCCAGCAGAGUUCCUCUGUCAUGCAAUUUUUGCUGGAGAUAGAUUUCAUGAUAUUGAAGCUGCAUAUGGUCGAGUUGAAGGAGUUGUGAGAACUGCAACAGGGUACUUUGGUGGAACCAUAAGGAAACCUUCAUUAAGAGAAGUGUCUGCAGGAACAACAGGUCAUACAGAAGCAGUGAAGAUUACAUAUGACAAGAGAAUAGUUUCUUACACAUCUCUAUGUGAUUUUUUCUGGGGAACUCAUGAUCCAACCAAUAAAAAUUUCCUUAAAUUCGGGUUAAGCACACACCUGAGAUCUGCAAUAUUCUGUUCAACAGAAGAAGAGAGGAAACAGGCGCAACAAUCAAAGAUAAGGCGGCAAAUGAAACUUAAUACGAGGAUUCUUACAAAAAUAACUCUGUUCUCCAAAGAAAAUUGCGAAUUUUUUCUUGCCGAGAACCAAUAUCAGAAGUAUUAUUUGCAGAAGCAUUAUAGACUUUGUGAGAGUUUGAGCCUAAGAAGUACUGAACAAUUUGUGGAGUCUUACAUCGCCUGCGAACUCAACGGAGUAUUGGCUUUGAAUGGGGAGCUCAUAUUGGACAAGUUACCACAAUUAGCGAGCACUUGUAUGUUGUCCAAGCAAUGCAGGUCCACUUGUGAUGAAAUUAUACAAGAUUUAAAGAGAAGUCGUGACUUCUAAUUGCUCCACUAUUUCUUGAAUAAUCUUUUUCAUUCUUAACUUAACACCCAGAAACAAUUGAAAUUUGA